CGGACACGGAAGUGGGGCGGCGCGCGCGGGCGGCGGGCGGCAGGCGGAGAAGAUCUUCCUUGAUCCAAUUAUGAAAAAAUGUUUAGAAAAGGAAAGAAACGACACAGUAGCAGCAGCUCACAAAGCAGUGAAAUCAGUACUAAAAGCAAGUCUGUAGAUUCCAGCCUUGGGGGACUUUCCAGAUCUAGUACUGUGGCUAGUCUAGAUACAGACUCCACUAAAAGUUCAGGACAAAGCAAUAGUAAUUCUGAUACAUGCGCAGAAUUCAGAGUUAAAUAUGUUGGUGCCAUUGAAAAACUGAAGUACAGUGAGAGCAAAAGUCUCGAAGGACCACUGGACUUGAUAAACUACAUAGAUGUCGCCCAGCAAGAUGGAAAGUUACCUUUUGUUCCAGGUGAAGAGGAGUUUAUUAUGGGAGUUUCCAAAUACGGCAUUAAAGUUUCAACGUCUGAUCAGUAUGAUGUGUUGCAUAGGCAUGCUCUCUAUUUAAUUGUACGGAUGGUCUGCUAUGAUGAUGGUCUGGGAGCAGGAAAAAGUUUACUGGCUUUGAAGACAACAGAUGCAGCCUCUGAAGAAUGCAGCCUCUGGGUAUAUCAGUGCAAUAGUUUGGAACAAGCACAAGCGAUUUGCAAAGUGCUAUCUACAGCCUUUGAUUCCGUUCUAAUGUCGGAGAAGUCUUGAUUUUCUUCAGCAGUGCACAACUGUGUAGCACAAGAGGCCUUUGUGUGAGGAGGAAAUGGAGCUCCUUCAUGGUGCUGUGGGCUGGCUGCAGCUACACAAACCCAGAAAAGACUUGCUGUGCAAAGAACAGCCAUGCAACCUUGCACAUGGUACUUUGUCAUUCCCCAGACAUCGUGACUUGAAGAACUUAUUCCAGCUUCGGUUUCCAGGACAAUACACAAUUUUAUAUUUAACAUGAUUUUUUCCCCUUAAUCCCGUUUUGUAUAUUGAUGUCAAUAUUGUAGAAAUGUAAAAUAAAACUGACACUUGCUUCUU